ACCAAGUUAUUGUCGUUUUAAAUGAGAGGAAACAGCAAAAUAAUAAUUUCUCAGAUGAAUAAAAAUGUCAACAGAAGGAAGCGGCGAAACUCCCUCAACAGUGCCAAGUUUGCCUGGAGCACCGGAACAAACGUACUUAUUUCCCAAAGUGAAGGGCCACUCCAGAUCUAUAAGUCAUGGAGGGACUCCAAUGCUGGCCGGGAACCCGGCGGCACAGCGUCCACUCAAGUCCGCGUUACGGGGCCAUCAACGUGCUUUGUCCCAUGGUCAGAUAGUAGAAGGGCCCCGUGCGGCUUCGGGGCCCGGUCACAGCCGAACCGGUAGCCGCACAGAUUUUAUUUUACCGCCAGGACACCGGGAACCGGCGCCGGCCAGUGCUCAGCCACGUUUAAGCUCGAUUCGCGCGCACCAUUCUCGCCAGGCCUCUCGUUCUGACUCCAUCUACACAAUUCGUCGGAGCUCAGUGAUUGGACCCUGGCGACGUGCUGUUUUCUGGCUCCUACGUCGGCAACAGCCUGCUGUUGAUAACCGUCUACUUAUAGUCACCCCUAAUCACCUAGUGCCUGACAAAACUCCUCCAAAGGAUCACCCAAAUGGACACAGAUGUGAUAAUAAAAUCAGGACUACAAAAUAUACAUUACUAUCAUUUUUACCAAAGAACUUGUUUGAGCAGUUCCAUAGGAUUGCAAAUGUGUACUUCAUUUUCAUAGUUUUGUUGAACUGGGUACCAGCUAUCAGUGCAUUUGGUAAGGAAGUUGCAAUGCUGCCAGUGUUGUUUGUGCUUGGAGUGACUGCUAUCAAGGACCUGUUUGAAGACCGCCGGAGACAUCUAUCAGAUAAAAGAAUUAACAAUUCAUUCUGCAGGGUUUAUAAAAAAUCUACAGAUCGGUACAUGCGUGUGAAGUGGCGAGAUGUCCGCGUCGGAGAUAUCAUCCAUCUGUCAAAUAACGAAGCUGUGCCGGCAGAUAUGGUGUUGUUACAUACCUCAAAUCCCAUAGGUAUCUGUUACCUUGACACUUGUAAUCUGGAUGGAGAAACAAACUUGAAACAAAGAAUUGUGGCACCCGGUUUUAAAGAUAAGCACGCAGAUUUCAAACCAUUAAAAUUUAGAAGUACUGUGGAAGUAGAGAGGCCAUCGACUAAGAUUUAUCGAUUUACCGGUACCAUUUCACAUCCGAACGGUGCACGAGUGCCGCUCAACUCGGAACAUCUUCUUUUAAGGGAGUGCACGAUCAAAAAUACAGAUUACGUAGAAGGCAUCGUCGUUUACGCGGGACACGAAACUAAAGCUAUGCUCAAUAAUGGCGGACCGAGGUACAAAUGUUCCACUUUAGAGAAGAAAAUGAAUACAGACGUCAUUUGGUGUGUCCUGGUGUUGCUUUUUUUAUGUUGCGCCGGUGCAGUCGGCUGCAAAGUUUGGUUGGAUCAAUAUUACACGCCUGAUAUGCCGAUGUACAAAUUUGUCCCGUUCGUCCCGUACGAUGCAAAACCCGCAUACGAGGGCUUAUUGAUAUUCUGGACUUAUAUAAUAGCUCUUCAAGUCAUGAUCCCUGUAUCAUUAUACGUGACGAUAGAGAUGACGAAACUCCUCCAAGUCUACCAUAUACAUCAAGAUGUCGAAAUGUACGAUCCAGCGACGAACACCCGAACCGAAUGUAGAGCAUUGAAUAUAACUGAAGAGUUGGGCCAGAUUAAAUAUUUGUUUAGCGAUAAAACAGGCACGUUAACAGAGAACAAGAUGGUGUUCAGACGAUGCACGGUUGGGGGCGUGGAUUAUGAUCACCCGCCCGGACCACCGGCUGAGCCUUCGCCUGAAUUGGCGCCAAUAGUCACCCCUAUAAGUAAAGUGUCGCCAAACAGAAGAUUGCUUCAGCACUUAUUAGAUAACAAUGAUGCGCAACAUACACAGAAGGUCCGCGAGUUCCUAUUGAUCUUGGCAGUAUGCAAUACCGUAGCAGUAAGCCAGCCACACGUGGACACCAUGCAGAUGAGUGGGUCCAAUUCGGGAGAACAAUAUGACAAGCCGAGCCGCUCAAAUGGAACGCUCCGAUCGAACGAUAAGUACGCGCGAUUGACGGAAUCUCGCUCUACAACACCGUCGCCACCGCCGUCCACAACGUCGCCGCUCCGAAUUCGAUUGCCAAAGCUACCAUUCGUUAGUAAAGACGAGAACAGUAGCGAACCAAGUACGUCUGCCGAACAACAACUGGCACGAUACGAAGCAGAGAGUCCUGAUGAGUUGGCACUGGCAGAAGCGGCUCUAGCUUACGGGUAUGAACUACGGUCGCGGGCGCCCGAUGAGGUGGAGCUUGGCAUCCGUGGCGAGCUCACGCGGUUAAAGGUGUUACGUGUGCAACAGUUCGACGCCAACCGGAAAUGCAUGUCGGUUGCUAUGCGCAUGCCCACAGGACAGGUGGUGCUGUACGUGAAGGGCGCAGACAGUACCGUGCUGAAUGCGCUUGCGCCGAUGCGGUCCGGGUCCGCGGAGUCGGCGGCGUACGAACGCACUCGUACGCUCAUCACAGAAUACUCGCGAGCCGGACUACGGACCCUGGUCAUGGCGAAGCGGACCAUGCAGCUCGCUCUAUGGGAGGAGUGGCUCGCAGGCCAUGCGCGCGCAUCCGAAAUGGGCGAAGGUCGGGAGAAGCGCAUGCGCGCGUCGCUGGCGCGGCUGGAGAGCGCGCUGGCGCUGGUGGGCGCGUCGGGCGUGGAGGACCGACUGCAGGAGGCCGUGCCGCGCACCGUGCGCGCGCUGCUCGACGCCGGCCUCGCCGUCUGGGUGCUCACCGGCGACAAGCCCGAGACUGCCGUCAACAUCGCAUACUCCGCCGCGCUCUUCUCGCCCGCCGACCGACUACUGCAUCUCAUGUCGCGCGACAAGGAGCACGCGGAGUCGACGAUCAAGAGCUACCUGGAGGGCGGGGCGGAAGGCGGCGGGGAGGGCGGGCGCGCGCUGGUGGUGGACGGCCGCACGCUCACCUACAUCCUGGACCGCCGCUCGGGGCUCGUGACGCCGUUCCUGUCGCUCGCGCGCCGCUGCUCCGCCGUGCUCUGUUGCCGCGCCACGCCCCUGCAAAAAGCAUACAUCGUCAAGGCAGUAAAAGAAGAACUCAGCGUUACAACCCUCGCCAUCGGCGAUGGAGCUAACGAUGUCUCAAUGAUACAGACUGCCGAUGUUGGAGUGGGAUUAUCGGGACAAGAGGGACGACAGGCUGUGAUGGCUUCCGACUUCGCGCUCUCUAGGUUCAAAUUCAUUGAGAGGCUACUACUAGUACACGGUCAUUGGUGCUACGAUCGUCUUGCCAGAAUGAUAUUAUACUUCUUCCUUAAAAAUGCCACAUUUGUGUUCCUGAUAUUCUGGUACCAGCUGUAUUGCGGCUUCUCUGCCAUGGUGAUGAUUGAUCAGAUUCAUCUCAUGUCCUACAACCUCAUGUUCACCGCAUUUCCGCCACUUGUUAUCGGCGCGUACGACCGCGCGGCGCCGGCGUCGCUGCUGACGGAGCGGCCCGGGCUGUACGCGGCGGCGCGGCGCGGGCUGGCCUACCGCCGCCACUCCUACUGGCUGGUGCUGGCCGAGUCCGUCUACAUCAGCGUCGUGAUCUUCUUCACGGCCGCCGCCGCCUACUGGGACACCGACGUCGACGUCUGGCUAUUCGGCACCUGCGCCAUGACCUGCUGCCUCCUCAUCAUGCUCGUCUACGUCGCCAUCGAGACCAGGAGUUGGACGGUGAUACAUCUGCUAGCGUUAAGCGGUUCACUGAUAGCGUUCUUCGUGUUGACAUUGAUAUACCAGUCGUUAUGCGUAUCCUGUUUCAACUUGCCGUCUACGUAUUACGUCAUGCAUCACGCGAUAUCUGACCCUAUAUACUGGCUCGUGGUCAUAAUCACCACAGUCACUGCUCUCGCACCUAGACUGGCGUACCACGCGAUCCGCAACUCGGUGCGGCCGGGCACGUUACGUCGUGCGGUGCUGGCGCGGCGGCGGAACGCGCGCUCGCGGCUGCCCUACGCCGCACACUACCGCACCUCCGCCUCGCAGGCCCACGUCUACAGAUCGACAGACGAGGACGGUCUGCAGAAGCCGCAAACAGAGGUGGUGGCGAUCACCUGACGGUGAACGAGUGCCCAGUACCCAGCUGGUACUCUCGAUCCAUAUAUUAAACAUAGGCUGUGAUCUGUCAUUAGAAUUAUUGUAUUAUAACCCUAGAAUAAUAUAUACUGUGCUUUUUACAAUCACGGGGACCAAUGUUUCAUUCGUGACAGAAAGGAGAGAGUUUGGGCGAGCCACAAUGUUCCAUUUUAAUAUUAUAAUUUUAUGUUUUUAAUGUAUAGUUUUGUCCGUCAAAAUAAUAAUGUAAGGACUUCAAAAGUUUGAUUAUUUAACGUAGUUAUCGACCUUACUACUUGAAACAGACUAAAUUAGACAGUCAUUUGAGAUAAUCAACUGUCAAAUUACAAUCAUUUACAAUUUCAAUUUGAUUUUUAUCUAUUUGAGAGUGUUAGCAAUCCUAUAAUGUAACGCGUACGAACAUAGUCGGUUUCACAAUUUCUAAUACUUUUUUGUGAAUUUUGUAAUCCUUGACGUCCUUAGAUUAUUAUGUCGAUGGUGUAGUCUGACUUUUAAUUCGAGUCGCCAACUUUACUUUUACUGUAUUAUUUAUCAUUGUAAAGUCCAUACUUAAUAUUUUCCACUCAUGUGUAUUUUCUAUUAAAAAGCGAAAUUACUUAACUCCAAUGAAUAUUCCUCAAUGAUAAUUUAAAAAUCAUUAACUAUUGAUCAACGCAUUCAUCUUUAAGAAUCUACCUAGA